GUCCUGUCAUAUCUCCAGUCUUAUUGCUACUUACAGGCCACAGCAUACACAUGCCAGUGACGUCUGCAACCCUUUGAUAUACGCUGAAUACCCUAUUGUUCGGAAGAGCAGGGAAAGCGCUGAUUUUCCGUGACCUACGCUGACUGACCGAUUACUCGAACAUCGGCAAUUUCAACGCUUUGUGACAAACAUCACUCUCAGCUUGGCAUUGACGCUGACGAGCUUCAGACACUUGAUUACUUCGCAACAACCAAAAUGAGCGGUUCGAACAAGCGCAAGGCAGGAGCUGGCGAAGGCGAUGCCUCAGACUCUGGCAGCGAUGUUGACAUGAUCUCUGUCGACUUUGUCUUCAACGCCCCGGCUGAGAUCGACUACCAAGCACUGAAGCGGCUCUUUGUGCAGCUCUUCUAUACGCACGCACCGAAGCUCGACGCCGGGCUGAUCGCAGACUACAUCAUCAAUACCUCGAAAGAUCGCGGUGUCGGGACUGUUAUCAAGGUUCAGGAUGACGAAGACAACGACCCUUUUGCGGUAGUCAGUGCCGGGCGGAUAGCAGCAGACUCUCCAGAGUCAAUCUCACAAAUCACCAAGCUCUUCUUGGAAUGCGUGCCCAAGACAGCGCCUCUUCACGACUUGCUUUCGAAGGCGUGCUCAUGUACAGCUGAAGGCGCCACUCUCAUUCUUCAUGAACGAAUGAUCAACAUGCCGGCAGCCGUUGCUUCUCCUCUAUAUCGAUUACUGAACGAAGAGCUUGAUCAGCUUUACGCCAAGGGCGAGCCGAAACCAUCACAUUAUCUGCUCUUCUCCCGAGUGUUUGCAGCUGCUGCCCUUUCCUCGGACGAGGAAAUGGAAGAUGAGGCUGCAACGGCGGGCAAGGCCGGCAAGCGGAGACGAAAGGCAGGUGCGAAAGCAACAGGCACAGCCUCCAUGGCCAAAGCUUCCUCUUUGCCAGAUGGCGACGAUAUGGGCAUGUUCCACCCGGAAGACGCCAUUAUAUCCAAGCACGCCUCUCACACAUGCACGUUCCGCUUCCCACCACCGCGAGACGCAGCCGACUCUUUCGAAACGCCAUUGUUCGGCAGACUCGUUGCGGUGCCGCGUGAGAAAUGGCCAGCGGCAGUAAAGGAGAUGGAGGAAGCCUUUGCUGGUGGAGCGUAGCAAGAUGUUUGAAUCAUGUGUAGCUCGUAUGCAACCUGGUCUGUUUUGACCCGUUCAAGGCCUAUACCAGUAAUGCUGGCCGCGCAGACGAUCGAAAGGGAGCACACCAAUGCCUGAGCCAUCAUCAUUUACCGAGUUCAGUAGAUGAAGCGGAUGAAGCUUGUUAUGACACUUAGCUAUGAUACAUUCUCACUGCGCGAUGGUGUGGUACUGAAUACGGUUCCGUGCUUGGGGAAUGAGUGGUGUAAUUAUGGUAGCGAUA